AUGGCCAUCCUGAAACCUAUCGCUCUCGCAACCCUGGCCCUAGCUGCCCAAUCAGCAGCUCAAUCCGCAAACCCAGGCGUAGGAGCCAACCCCAAAGCCGACGGGGCAACAGAAGAUGUCACGUCGACCACAGGUCCAAACGGAUCCGAGGAUUGGCUGAACACAGGCAUAACCGACAACGGCUGGAACCCACCGUUCCUCUCCAUAGACGACGUCUAUCACAUCUCCCUGGAUGACUUCUACAACGGAAUCGGAUCGGCCUGCAAGCAAUACGACAACUACUUCCAAAUCGCAGGUUCAAAGUACGGCGUCGACCCAGUAAUCCUAGCCGUCAUCGCAAUGCAAGAAUCAUCCUGCAACGCCGAUGCCGGCGGACCCACGCCUGGAUUGAUGCAAGUCUCUUGCGAAAACUACCCUAACGGCCAGUGCACGGAUUCGAUUCAGGACAACGUUGAUGCUGGGACCAACUACCUCUCUUCGCAGCUGGAUUCGGCCGGUGGAAAUGCUAUUCAGGCGUUUGGGUCUUACAAUGGGUGGUUUACUAAGGGGAGUGGGUUGAAUGGGAAUAAGGGUCUUACGCAGGAUUAUCCUUGUUCGGAGGAAGGCCAGUCUAAUGGUGUUCCGCAGAAUUUGGAUUAUUUGCAUCAGGUCAUGAAUGGCUGGCUGAUGGGGUUGGAUGUUUAUGGGGAUGAUAGUUGGAUUGGGACUUACAACUGCGACCAGUCUUGUGGUGAUGGUAGCUUGUGCUAG